AUGGCUCGUUUUCUUCUUGUUCUCUUAGCAAUAACUUUCAUUCUCUCAAUUUCUUCAUACUUUUGCGUUGCAACAGACACUCCUGCUACAUCCUUCAUCCAAAAAACCUGCAACGAAACAACUUACACAACCCGUUGCUUAAACACCCUCCUACCCAACGCAGACCGCAUCAACGGCAACACCAAAAAGGCCACACGCCUCGCCAUCAUGGCCACCGUAACUGAGGUUCAAUCCACCUCAAACGACAUUCAACACUACGCUGAUCUACUACCCCGAAGAUGGACUCACGAAGUCGAGUCCCUCGAAAACUGUCACACUGAUAUUGCUGAUUCAGUCGUUGGGUUGUACACUGCAUUGGAGGAAACUAAUCACUUGGGUGGUGGCUCGAAGGAUGAUAAGGAGUCAAGGAGGCUAAACAUGGAGAACAGUGUCAAAUCUGUGGUUAAUGCUAUUGAUGAUUGCGCGAAUCAUCUUCAAAAAUCGAAAGGUGGGUUGAUUGUGGUUAGAAGAGUUGAAGAGAUUUUGCAACCUCUUAACGAACUUGCUACUAAUGCUGUUAACCUCGUUCAUCACAUGGAGUUUUAA